AUGGCGAAGACCCUAAUUUCGUCUCCGACUUUCCUCGGAACGCCACUUCCCGCCCGCUCUCGCCGCCAUGGACUCCUCCACUCGCUUCCCAGCCGUCGAUUCAUCUCCACAACAGUAAAGAUGAGCCUGCACGACAUCCCUCCGGUUCAUCUCCCUCUUUCUCAUGUUGAUUUCAGCUCCAUUCUCACCAGAGCCGAGAGCGUUCUGUACACGCUUGCCGAUGCCGCGGUGGCAGUUGACGCCGGCGCUGCUUCCAGCUCGACUGAUGCUGCUGCCGUUCAGAAGAGCGGCGGUUGGUUCGGGUUUAUCUCCGACGCUAUGGAAUUCGUGCUCAAGAUAAUGAAGGGAGGGCUUGAGGCCGUCCAUGUACCUUACGCAUACGGCUUUGCCAUUAUAUUGUUGACGGUUGUUGUGAAAUUGGCGACACUCCCUUUGACAAAGCAGCAGGUGGAAUCUACCCUCGCAAUGCAAAAUCUUCAACCGAAGAUAAAAGCGAUCCAACAAAGAUAUGCCGGCAAUCAGGAAAGAAUACAGCUUGAGACAUCACGUUUAUACAGGCAAGCUGGGGUUAAUCCGUUAGCAGGCUGUCUUCCUACUUUGGCUACAAUUCCAGUGUGGAUAGGUCUGUAUCAAGCUCUUUCAAAUGUUGCAAAUGAGGGAUUGUUGACAGAAGGGUUCCUAUGGAUUCCUUCUUUAGGUGGGCCUACUACAAUUGCAGCUAGACAAAGUGGAUCUGGAAUUUCUUGGCUCUUCCCAUUUGUGGAUGGACAUCCACCAUUGGGCUGGCAAGAUACUGCAGCAUACUUGGUUUUGCCUGUAUUGCUUAUUCUAUCCCAGUAUGUCUCAAUGGAGAUCAUGAAGCCUCCCCAGACAGAUGAUCCUGCCCAAAAGAACACGCUUCUGGUCUUCAAAUUCCUUCCUCUGAUGAUUGGAUACUUUUCCUUGUCUGUGCCAUCGGGCUUAACAAUCUAUUGGUUCACGAACAAUGUUCUUAGCACAGCCCAACAGGUAUGGUUGCGCCAGUUGGGUGGUGCAAAGCCAGCUGUCAAUGCAGAUGCCAGUGGAAUCAUCACUGCAGGACGUGCAAAACGAUCAGUUGCACAGCCAGCAGGGCCUGGUGAGAGGUUCAAGCAGCUGAAGAAUGAGGAGAAGAAAAAGUUGGGUAAGGCUCUAGCAUCAGAUGAUAGCCAGACUCUGGAUUCUGCAUCUGGUUCAGAAGAAGACUCGGACGAUGAAACUAAGGACAAGGGUGAGGAGGUGCUAGAAGAAGCAUAUGCUUCUAGUGUAGGUAACCAGGUGCCUGAUGUUUCACAGCCAAAGAGAAGCAAACGGUCAAAAAGAAAGCGUACUGUUUAA